AUGCGGGUAGUCCCAGACCAAUGGCGAUCUUCGAACUGCUUGACUACAUUGUGAAUGAACCACCACCGAAACUACCCAGUGGAAUUUUUAGUAAUUCUUUUACAGACUUUGUUGAUCGUUGUUUGAAGAAAAAUCCUGCAGAAAGAGCUGACCUGAAAACCUUAAUGAAUCACGAGUGGAUUAAAAAGGCAGAGUCGGAGAAUGUUGACAUCGCUGGGUGGGUUUGUCGUACCAUGGAUUUACAACCGACCACACCGACUCGUCUGGCAAACGUGCAGUCCUGAAUAAAUGUCACUCUUACAUACUUGACCACGUACAUCCGCGUUCAGUACUCCUAAGUCACGAUUGGUUUCUUUCCUUUGAUUGAUUUUUAAGAAACAGUGGCGCUUUUUCGUUCGCACGCGUUUUUUGACGAGGUCCAUGUUAAAUUCCAACUUUGAAGUCAGAUAAAUUAACGGUGCGGUUUCGUUAUCCUUUAAAAAAGAAUUUAUUCACCAAUUUUAUUCUACUAGUUGAAGAAUGGUAAUCGCUAAUUGUCAAAUUAUUUAUUUUUAUAUUGUAUAAUUCUAUUUUGUACGAUGUAAGGUCGAUUUUCCAUUUUUCUAGUACAUGGCACACGGAAAUUAUUCUUACGAAAGUUGUUCGGAAUGAUAUUAGGAAUAAUUUUUAUUAAUGGCACGUUCCGCUACCUCGUCCCGUUAGAAUGGAAAAUUCAUUUCACCUGUCGCAGUAGAAAAUCCAGUUUAUGUGCUUCUUUUGCUUAACGCUAGGUUUACGGGCGUUUUUUAUGUACCUAUUUCUACGAGCACCCGUCAAAUUGACGGGUAAACGAAAAUACGGAGUUUCUUUCAAAAAUCGAUUUAUUCAA